GCGGAUGCAAAUCUUUAUGGGGCACUCAGGCAAGCACUUGAGAUUCGUCCUUCGGAUCUUACAUGGAAAGACCCCGAAGCUAAUAUGGUUUUUAGUGACGCAUCGGACAUUGUGAAAAAUUUGAAGCGUAGACAAAAGGGUACCUUGUUAGAACCUAGGGAGAAUAGGAAAUGGGAUGUGCCAGGUUCGGUUAUGGCAAAAUGUGACAAAUUUGUAAAUAGUUUUACUAACUCGAAUGCAUCGCGGGCUAUGGGAAAGAUCUUUCAUGAUAGAAAGUGGCAAGAAAGUGAAACUGAACUUGUAAAAGUAACUGAUCGCAUUCUUAGUACUCUUGGCGAGAUAUGGAGCAAUCCCGCAUUUUUGACCCAUGCAUCUCAGAGCGAGGGAACAUACGUAGCUGAAGUCAUAAUUCCUUUACUUUCGCACAAGUUUGGGAAACCUUCCCAACGGUUAUAUAGCUUUAAGUACGGCAGAACGCGAAAGUUUAGAAGUAAAGCUCGACGUAAUAUAGGAAUGGAUGAGAUGCGUAUGGGGAAGAAACCUGAUCAAUUCAAAAAAAAAAAAGAUGACGAAGUGAAACUAUGGAGAGAAACUUUAGAUGGGGCGAGUUUCAAAGGCUUAUCAUGCAAACCACGCAGUAAUCAGUUUGGAGUUGUAGGGAUUCAGAUCGCCGGUACCGUUAUGAGAUUAAACAUUCUUGUAAUGGAUUCGGUCGGCAUACCACGAUAUUUUCAUCUUGAUCAUACCGAAAUCCCACU